CGGCACCCGGCGCCUCCGAGCCACCUCCCCCGCCGUCUGCUAGCAAGUUUGGCCGCUCGGAUACCGGCGCGCCUCCGCAUCCAGGCGCGUUUCUUUUUUUUUUUUUGCUGCCUUCGGCGUGCCCCCGUGGUCGGGGAACCCUUCGGAGCGAUGCCGACGGAGGUGAUUUUAGUUGUGUGGUUCUGCGUGUGCAUCGCUAGGACAGUGAUGGGCUUUGGGAUGGACCCUGACCUUCAGAUGGAUAUUAUCAGCGAGCUUGACCUUGUGAACACCACCCUCGGAGUCACUCAGGUGUCUGGACUGCACAACACCAGCAAAGCAUUUUUGUUUCAAGAUAUAGAAAGAGAGAUUCAUGCAGCCCCUCAUGUGAGUGAGAAAUUAAUUCAGCUGUUCCGGAACAAGAGCGAGUUCACCUUCCUAGCCACUGUCCAGCAGAAGCCUUCGACCUCAGGAGUGAUCCUAUCUAUGCGGGAAGUAGAACACAGCUAUUUUGAAAUAGAGAGCAGUGGCCUGCGGGAUGAAAUUCGGUAUCACUAUAUUCAUAAUGGGAAGCCCAGGACAGAGGCACUUCCAUACAGGCUGGCAGAUGGACAGUGGCACAAGGUUGCACUAUCAGUGAGUGCCUCUCACCUCCUGCUCCAUGUUGACUGCAACAGGAUAUAUGAACGGGUAAUAGAUCCUCCAGAGACCAACCUCCCCCCAGGAAGCAAUUUAUGGCUUGGUCAGCGCAACCAAAAACAUGGCUUUUUCAAAGGAAUCAUCCAGGAUGGGAAAAUAAUUUUUAUGCCAAAUGGAUACAUAACACAGUGUCCAAACCUAAAUCGCACUUGCCCAACCUGCAGUGAUUUCUUAAGUCUGGUGCAAGGAAUCAUGGAUUUACAAGACCUGCUGGCCAAGAUGACUGCAAAACUGAAUUAUGCAGAGACAAGACUUAGUCAAUUGGAAAACUGUCACUGUGAGAAGACCUGCCAAGUGAGUGGACUGCUCUAUCGAGACCAGGACUCCUGGGUGGACGGUGAUCACUGCAGGAACUGCACAUGCAGAAGUGGAGCUGUGGAAUGCCGAAGGAUGUCCUGUCCUCCUCUCAAUUGCUCCCUGGACUCACUCCCUGUGCAUAUUCCUGGCCAGUGCUGUAAGGUCUGCCGACCCAAAUGCAUCUAUGGAGGAAAAGUUCUUGCAGAAGGCCAGCGGAUUUUAACCAGGAGCUGUCGGGAAUGCAGAGAUGGAGUUUUAGUUAAAAUUACAGAAACGUGCCCUCCAUUGAACUGCUCAGAAAAGGAUCACAUUCUCCCGGAGAAUCAAUGCUGCAGUGUUUGCAGGGGUCAUAACUUUUGUGCUGAAGGACCUAAAUGUGGUGAAAAUUCAGAAUGCAAAAACUGGAAUACAAAAGCUACUUGUGAGUGCAAGAACGGUUACAUCUCUGUCCAGGGAGACUCUGCCUACUGUGAGGAUAUUGAUGAGUGUGCUGCAAAGAUGCAUUACUGUCAUGCCAAUACUGUGUGUAUCAACCUGCCUGGCCUGUAUCGCUGUGACUGUGUUCCAGGAUACAUUCGUGUGGAUGAUUUCUCUUGCACAGAACACGAUGAAUGUGGAAGCGGGCAGCACCACUGUGAUGAGAAUGCCAUCUGCACCAACACUGUCCAGGGGCACAGCUGCACCUGCAAACCAGGCUACGUGGGGAACGGGACCAUCUGCAGAGCAUUCUGUGAAGAGGGCUGCAGAUAUGGGGGAACGUGCAUCGCUCCUAACAAAUGUGUCUGUCCAUCCGGGUACACAGGAAGUCGCUGUGAUAAAGAUAUCGAUGAAUGUUCAGAGGGAAUCAUUGAGUGCCACAACCAUUCCCGCUGCGUUAACCUGCCAGGGUGGUACCACUGUGAGUGCAGAAGCGGUUUCCAUGACGAUGGGACCUAUUCACUGUCUGGAUCAUCCUGUGUUGACAUCGAUGAAUGUGCCUUAAAAACUCACACGUGUUGGAAUGAUUCUGCCUGCAUCAACCUGGCAGGGGGCUUUGACUGCCUCUGCCCCUCUGGGCCCUCUUGCUCUGGUGACUGUCCCCAUGAAGGGGGACUGAAGCACAAUGGGCAGGUGUGGACCCUGAGAGAAGACAGGUGUUCUGUCUGUUCCUGCAAGGAUGGGAAGAUUUUCUGCCGACGGACAGCUUGUGAUUGCCAGAACCCAAAUGUUGACCUUUUCUGUUGCCCAGAGUGUGAUACCAGAGUCACAAGUCAAUGUUUAGAUCAAGAUGGACGCAAGCUGUAUCGCAGUGGAGACAACUGGACUCACAGCUGUCAGCAAUGCCGGUGUCUGGAAGGAGAGGUAGAUUGCUGGCCACUCACUUGCCCCAAUCUUAGCUGUGAGUACACAGCCAUCUUAGAAGGGGAGUGCUGUCCUCGCUGUGUCAGUGAUCCCUGCCUGGCUGAUAACAUCACCUACGACAUCAGAAAAACUUGUCUCGACAGCUAUGGUAUUUUGAGGCUCAGCGGCUCGUUGUGGACAAUGGCUGGAUCUCCGUGCACAACCUGUAAAUGCAAGAAUGGGCGAGUUUGCUGCUCUGUGGAUUUGGAGUGUCUUCAAAAUAAUUGAAGUCUUUAAAAUUGGCUCAUCAUGGGAAAAAAUGGACAAAAAGACCAUCUAACAUCAUGAAAAUAGGAGUUGGUGUUUGACUUUUUUAAUCACAGUUAAUUACCAAAGUCUCCAUUGGAGAAAGGUGUUUUGGGGUUGCCUUUUGGAACUACCACUUUACUCAUCCUUGCUAAGCUAGUCUAGGUGACCUAAAGUGCAGUGCAUUUAAGUCCAUGGUUGUUAAAAGAAGUUUCCAUGUUGUAAAUCACAUGUUCCCUUAUCAGAUCAUUUGCAAAUCCAUUUAAAUGAUCUCAUGGUAAAUGUUGAUGUAAUUUUGGUUUAUUUUGCAUAUUAACAAAUCGAGACUCAAUGCCUUUUAUUUAUUUUUCUUGAUUUUUGAGUCAAAUUCUAAAAAUAAAGUUGCCUGUUGUGAUUUU